AUGGAACCACCGACCACCACCACCACCACCGCCGUAUCACCCAACACCCGUCGCCGCCAACGAAAGAUCGUCGUCAUAAUGGGUCCGACCGGAGCUGGCAAAUCCCGUCUAUCAAUCGACCUCGCCACUCGAUUCUUCAACAACGCGGAGAUCAUCAACUCGGAUAAAAUGCAAGUCUAUCGAGGACUCGGUAUUACCACCAACAAGAUCACAAUGCAAGAACAGCUCGGCGUGCCCCACCAUUUCCUCGGAGAGUUUGACCCGAUUAAAUCCGUUGUUAAACCUCACGACUUCCGGAAACUAGCAUCGGAAACCAUCUCCGACAUUAUAUCCCGCCGUGGGUUGCCGCUUGUGGUCGGCGGCUCAAACUCCUUCAUCUAUUCGCUCAUCACGAAACGGUUCGACCCACAAUCGGAUGUCUUCAAUGGACCAGACCCAGACCCAGUCAGCUCGGAGCUCAGAUACAAAUGUUGUUUCAUCUGGGUUGACGUCUGUUUACCAGUUUUAAACCAGUAUCUAUCCAAACGGGUCGACGAAAUGCUGGAUUCGGGUAUGUUAGAGGAGCUAGCGGAGUUCUUCGGGUCUGGUGAACAUUUAACGGUGAACCGGAGUGGUUUGGGUCAGGCAAUCGGAGUUCCAGAGUUCGAGGGGUAUUUCACCACGGUCGAGGAGGAUGUGGUGAGGCAGGUGGAGGUGUAUAAUGACGCCGUGAGGAGGAUCAAGGACAACACGUGUCAGCUAGCAAAAAGACAAGUGGGUAAGAUCCUACGGUUGAAGGACGCCGGGUGGGAUUUAAAGAGAAUCGAUGCAACGGAGGCUUUCAGGGAGGUGAUGACGGCGGAUUCAGGCGGUGGAAGGGUGGCGGAAAUAUGGGAGAAACAGGUGGUGGAAGCAAGCGUAAAGAUCGUGAAGCAAUUCUUGGAGGAGUAG